AUGGUCUACAAAAGAAAGGAGCCUGGUGCUCCGAAUCCCAAGAACGGUGCUGAUGUGCCUACUGUGCUUCAGGUUUCCAGACCUUUUUUCACCUUGGCUGAGCUUUCAUACCUUCAUUCAAACACUAUUCCAGAAAACAAGAAGCUAGCAUACAACCAGCGAAAACACCAGAUCUUCCAGCUCCUUUUCCAGGUGGUCAAGAUCAUGAAGUUUCCGCUUCGUGUUCUCGCCACCGCCAUGAACUACUACCUGCGGUUCUAUCUUUUCAAUCCGUUUGAAGAACCUCUGGACCAGAACCCAGAAAACGAGUCACUCACUGAACUCGAAAAAGACCCUUACUUGGUUGCCUACACCGCUCUCUUUUUGGCCACCAAGCACGAAGAUUGUAUUAAGAAACUUAGGGACAUGCAGCUGGUGGCUAACAAACUUCGAGAGGUGGACCAGGAUGUCAAAGUGGUGAACAAGAGCACCGGCACUCUGUUGCCUCUCAUCGAGAUGCAGCGCAAAAUCAUCAUGAGUUUAGAAUUCAAGCUUCUCCAGGUGCUCAAGUUUGAUUUCCUCAACGGUGCCGCCAAUGUGCCAUCCGUGGAUUACUUGGUGACGCUGUUUUCCAAAGAGCUCGGUCUCGAUUACAGUCUAACGCUUUUCGGCUGGCUCGUGGCCUUUGACAUAAUGUCCACGCCGCUUUGCUUGGUGAUCCCACCGCACUGUAUUGCUUUGGCCAUCGUCAUUGUAUCGCUUAAUUUGGACCCUAAGGGUAUAAUCUCCAAGCACGGUGAGCCUGGAUCCACGAAAACCAGCGAAAUCCUUGAAAACAUAGACUCCAUGGCUCAGUUCCGCUGUCCUGAGACCCUUGUCAACGAGGGUAUUGUCUAUAUCCUAGACUACUAUGUGCAUCAGAUGAAGUUCUCCAUUUUGAACGAGUACAUCCCACCAGUCGACCCCGACACUGGCAAAGAACAAAUCUUCAAAUUCAUGGACUUGAAGCUGCGUUUCAACGAUUUGAAGGUUCUCAGCGAGCAGAGCGUGCUGGCGCCACAAUUGCUCAAACAGGAUAUGUACUUGCGCAAAUGGGACUACCUGGUAGCCUCAAGAGGUGCUGCUCGUUUCAUCAUCAGUAACAAGAGAAGGCGUUUUGACAAGGAGCUUGCAGUGAUACGUCCACAAAACAAGCAGCAGAAACAGCAGCAACAGAAGGACCAAAAGGAACAGAAGCAGGAUAGAGAAGAUGGCCGUGAGCAGCCUGAAGCUCGUAAAGAGGGCGAAUUCUGGGAGUCAAAGCUCAAAAACCAGGAGGUUUCCGAUGAAAAAGAAAAGACCACAGAGGAAAACGGUGAGCAAGGAGAGAUCAAGAAAGAGGAGAUGAAAAACGAAGAGGUCCGCGAGGAAAAUCAACGCAACGUCCAGGCGUAG